AUGCCAUCUUUUCCGUCUUAUUUCCCAUUCAUCAGUGUUAUUAUCAUUAGCUUAUUGAUAAUUAUUGCAUUAUAUUACAUACGUUUAAAGUAUAUUCAUCGACAAGUUUUACCAUAUUCCAUGGAAGUUUUUAUUAUAGCUCAGCCAGAUCAACAUCGUCCACAGUGUUUUCAAAUGAACUGGGAAUCGUCAAUUGAAUCUCCACCACCUUCCUAUAAUAUCAUGAGUCAAUCUAUGAAUACAAGUGAUAGUGUAGCGUAUGAAACUAAUAGAUCCUAG